AUACACGACUAUCGCGCAGUGCUACUCUCACAACUUAUUCAACUCAGCCUCACACUGUAUCUCUAAGGCAGCAUGGUCGGUUCUGCGACGUAUCGCACUCAUCUCCCAGCGGAUGUAGCUCUCACUGAGUACUCGCGCAAGUUCUACGAUGGGACGUACAAGUGGGAUUCGGAGGGCUUCACUGACGAAACUGGAACCCGAGCUCCCACACCCUUACCUCCGAUGUGCUUGAGCGAUGAUGAAGCAGACGGCGGGACUGUAGAACGCGAAGAGUCCGCAUUCCAUAUGCUGGGGGACGAGACCAACAGUCUUCUAUCCGCAACAAAUGUUAAACACAGGGAGGUAGUUGCAAUGCAGCGUGAUGAGCUGCUUCGUGAUCGCACUGAUACAAAGCAUACUAUCGGUAAGAUGGAGGAUGCCAGCCCUGCGACACCUUCGAAAACCAUCGCAGCGGGUCUACGAGACUUUGCUUCACCCUCAGAACUAUCAGAAUGUCCUUCAGAUAUAUCCGAAUGGGACGUGGGGAGACCAAUGUCAAGACCAAAGACGAUUGCAAAAAAGCCUGUCGAUGAGAUGUUCGAGCAAGACGAUGUCGAUGCACCCGAGCGGAAACCUACAACACGAGGCGUCGCACAGAAAGUCAAGAAAGGUAUUAGGAAGCCAACGGCCGCAUCAAUCAAGCCCUCUCCUAGGAUAGAGACUGUGCAGGCCGGCAGCUACAUGGAGAGCGCUGGGGCGACGACUCGGCGUCGAUCGACACGGCUCAAUCAAGGUGGCAAGUAGAGUGCCUUCUGUUAUGAGCAUUCAACGGCCGUUCAGAGAAGAAUGCAGACCUUUUACAGUCCAGACUUCUUUGGAGUUCGAAAAGUUUAUGUUCAUGCACAUCUUUGGCAUGUAAAAUUCAGGGAAGCCGGUGCCACGGAGCAUAUCCGAUCAAAGAAGUGCGGUACUACACCAUAAUAAUUUCUAAUAAGAACCCUUCCGUCAC